AUGCGAACAUUCGGGUGUCAGACAUACAUACUGACGCCUAAAGAGAAUCGACUCAAGUGGGAUCCAAAGGCUCGCGCUGGCAUAUUCGUGGGCUACGAAGAAGUUUCGAAGGCAUAUCGUGUUUAUGACAUCGAGGCGGGGCAGGUGGUUAUCAGCCGCGAUGUCAACUUCGACGAGUCCACCUUUGGACUUCAACUGCCGAUCACUGAUGAAGAUGUCGAUGACCUGGACUUCGAAUUGCUGGAUCUUGAUGACGAAGAGCUGCGUCAAAUGGAGUACAAGCAAACAGGCAAGCGCAAGAACCGACUCAAUGAUGAAGAUACAGCAGCUCCACGACCGCGUGCAGUGCGUCAACGACCAGGACUAGAAGAGUCAAGCGCGCCGGAAAACAACUCGUCACGACAAGAAGAAGACGAAGAAACGAAGGAUUCUGGUGAUUCAACACCGCCUGUGUUUUGGCGUGCGAGUGCAAAUGCCGUUGAAGCAACAGUGGACUUAUCAGAACCCUCAACAUUUGAAGCAGCAUUAAGCGGCCCUGACCAAGUGCACUGGAGAAAAGCAAUUCAUGCAGAGCUCGAGUCAAUGCGACUUCGCGGUGUGUUUCGUGCAGCCAAGCUGCCCAACGGACAACGCGCCAUUGGCACAAAAUGGGUGUUCAAGAUCAAGCGCAAGGCGGAUGGGUCAAUCGAGAAGUACAAGGCACGACUUGUGGCCAAGGGUUUCCGCCAAAAGUAUGGCAUCGACUACACGGAGACGUUUUCGCCGGUGGUCAAGUAUGUGACGCUGCGAAUGGUGAUCGCAAUUUCCAAGCAUUUUGGAUGGCCCAUUGACCAGCUUGAUGUGGUGACAGCUUUCCUGUAUGGCGUCAUGAAGGAACAAGUGUUCUGCGUGAUUCCUGAAGGCGUCGAACUUGACAGUACGUUCGACUGCCUGGAAUUGGUGAAGUCAAUUUACGGCCUCAAGCAAGCGUCGCGAGUGUGGAACGAGACGUUCGACGAGUAUGUGUGCUUCAUCGGAUUUCAAGUAUCGGACUUCGACCCAUGUCUCUACAUCAAGACUUCGGACGGCCAUUGCGUGUUUAUACUGGUCUACGUGGACGACGUCUUGGUGACUGGAAGCUCGCUCGAGCUGAUUGCACAAACCAAGAACGACCUGAAGACGCGGUUCGAAAUGACGGACAGCGGCAAGUGUGCGUUUGUUCUUGGGAUCGAGCUUUUGGACGGUGAAGAUGGCAGUGUGACACUAUGUCAGCGUCGGUAUGUCGAUGAUAUCCUCAAGCGCUUUGGCAUGGAUGAUUGCAAGGCAGUCGCAAGUCCAGUCGACAUGAGCUCUCGACUUGUUUCAAGUGAUGCAACUACCAAGGUCGAUGCUCCUUUUCGCGAAGCUGUUGGUGCGUUGAUGCACCUGACCACUGCAACGCGUCCGGACAUUGCGUUUGCUGUGGGCUGUGUGUCGCGGUUCAUGGAAAAUCCCCAAGAAGAACACUGGGUUGCAGUUAAGCGUAUCUUUCGCUACCUACAAGGCACCAAGACGCAUGGAAUUUGCUACAAGCCAAGUGCAAGGAUCGACUUCCGUGGAUAUUCGGAUGCGGAUUGGGCUGGUGAUCUUACCGACCGCAAGUCAACAUCGGGGUACACGUUCAUGCUACUCGGUGCGCCAGUCAGUUGGGGCAGCAAGAAGCAGCCAAGUGUUUCGUUGUCCACGAGUGAAGCCGAAUACAUCGCACUCAGCUUGGCGAUUCAAGAGGGCAAGUGGAUUCAUCGUCUGCUUUGUGAGAUCGUGAUGGCUGCCAAUGAAGAAGGACCGGAACUCAUGAUCCAUGAAGACAAUCAGUCGUGUAUCAAGAUGACGAAGAACCCAGUCAACCACGGCCGUGCCAAGCACAUUGAUAUCAAGUACCAUCACAUCCGUGAUGAGGUCAAGCGCGGUGAAGUGAAGCUCAAGUACUGUGAAACUGCGGUGAUGUUAGCGGACAUCAUGACGAAGGGACUUCACGGGCCACGCCACAAGGAGAUGACGGCGACUCUCGGGAUUCGUGAGCAUUCGGAUUGA